AUGAGGAUCUCCCGCAUCGCCUCGCCCUGGGCGCUACUCCUACCCUCCGCCCUGGCAACCCCCUACGCUGUGGACGCAACUGAAGUUGAUCUCGCCAUCAUCGGAGGCGGCUCCGCCGGCAUUCAUGCCGCAAUCAACCUCAAGGACGCCGGCGCAAAGGUCGUCGUGAUCGAAAAGAAGUCCCAGAUCGGCGGCCACGCCGAGACCUACAUCAACCCGCAGACCAAGGUCCCCGCCAACAUCGGCGUCGUCGUCUUCGAGAACCGCGAGGUCGUGAGCAACUACUUCUCCCGCCUCAACGUCUCCACCGUCAACACGAACCCCCUCACCACGCAGUCCGGCACCACCCAGAGCUACGACUUCUCCCUGGGCAUCCCGAUCCCCGCGCAAAACGCCUCGGCGACCGCGGCGCAGCAGCAGGCCCUCCAGGCCGCCGCGCAGGCGUACUCGACAAACAUCCUGUCAAAGUACCCCUGGAUCGACCAGGGCUUCCUCGUUCCGGACCCCGUGCCCGAGGAGCUCACCGUCCCCUUCGGCGAGCUGGCGCAGAAGUACGGCUUCUCCGCCCUACUGCCCGUCAUCGCGCAGUUCAACUGGUGGACCGGCGAUAUUUCCGCCAUCCCGUCCCUCUACGGCAUCAAGGGCCUCGGCCCGGGCCUGCUUGCCAGCCUCUUUGGCGAGUUUAUCGUCUCCGGCACCGGCGACACGCGUAGCCUCUACGAUGCCGCGGCCAAGGUGCUCGGCGACGACGUCCUCCUCGACUCGACCAUCUUGAAGGUGAAGCGCGGAGCCUCCGGCGUCUCCGUGCUCGUCCACCAACCUGAUCAGCCCCCUAAGCUCAUCCGCGCCCGCAAGCUGCUCAUCGCUGCUCCCCCAACCUUGGACAACGUCGGCCAGUUCGACCUCUCCUCCCACGAGAGGAACCUCUUCUCCAAGUUCUCCGCCCUGGGCUACUGGGCCGGCGUCGCCACGAUCCAGGGCCUCAACAACAGCCUGCAAAACGUCGGCGCCACCACGCCCUUCAACCAGCCCGCUAUCCCCGGCACCAACGGCCUCUACACAGCCGGUUCCCCUGGCGACUUCCUCGUCGCCGUUGGCUUCAACGACACAAACUACACCGACGAGGACGGCAAGAACGUCAUCCGGAAGAACCUUGCGACCCUGGCCGCCGUCGGCGCCGUGCCCAAGGACGCGGCCGAGACGGUGACCUUCCCGUACUACUCCAACCAUGCGCCGUACAAUGUGCGUGUCUCCGCGGAACAGAUCAAGCAAGGUUUCUACGCGAAGCUCCUGGCGUUGGAGGGCGCGAGAAACACGUACUGGGCUGGCGCGGCAUUCUCGGGACACAACAGCGCAUUGGUUUGGUCGUUUAACGAGGGAACUGUGCUGCCAGGGCUGAAGAAGGACCUGGGCCUGUAG